AUGUUCAAGUUCCAUUCUGUGCGACUGGGAGGUUGGCUGUACCCUUCGCCGACCGCGACGGCCGCUCAUCCUGGACCUGCGAUCGUGCUCGGGCAUGGUCUGGGAGCUGUCAAGGGCUCUGGGUCUAUUCUCGCGCUCAGCGGCCCGUCGACAUUUUGAUCCAUUCCAGUCCGAGGUUGGAACCGAACCAGUCUCAUCUGGUGCGACGUUGACAAAGGCCAAUGUGGCCGAUCUGGGGAACUGACGAAGGACGUGGAUGCCGUCUUGGCGUCAAUCUGCCCCAUUUAUUCUUCCAGGUACGCCGAACUGUUCCAAAAGCAAGGCUACGCUGCCGUAUGCUUCGACUACAGAGGGUUUGGUCCAUCAACUGGAACUCCGCGACAGAUCCUCGACUGGCACAUGCAAGAAGAGGAUUGGCACGCCGCGAUCCUCUGGACCCGAGGACUGGCUAUCGUUGAUCCGGAGCAGGUCGGCAUUUUCGGUAGCUCCUUUGGCGACAAGAAACUCAAGGCCACCAUCUCACAGUGUCCAUUUAUGAAUGGAUUCGCGAGUGCUCUGACGCUCGGCUUCGGCGUCUUGCCUAGAUUGGCACUGCUGGCCUUGAGGGACGCGCUCUUCCACUCCGAGGAGAAUCAUUUGCCGGUCAAACUGGCGGCCAGGCCUGGGCAAGGUACGUGCUCUGGCGCAACACCCGAGCUAGAACAAAUCAGACACAACAAAUCAGGUUACUGACGACAACGAAAUAUCACCUGCAGUCGCGCUGAUGAAUGCUCACGAUGCCGAGAGUGGGUACCUCGGUCUCGUGCCUUCCGAAUCGGACAUCUCCUUCAAGGACGAGGUUGCUGCUCGCGUCGCUUUGCGAAUCGGUCUACUCUACCCCGGUGCAAAUGCCAAGAAUGUUGAAUGCCCGAUCUGCUUUGCCGUGUGCAAAGACGAUACUGUGGCUCCCGCUGGUCCGACGUUAAAUUACGCGGCCAAAGCCUCUAGAGGAGAGACCAAGGUGUCCAAUGUACGUCUAAUCAGCCCGCAUUGUCCCACUCACAUUGAUUGCGUGGUCGCGUUUCGUAUUACUCAUCCUCAGCUACUAUUUCAUAAACGCAUCGGUUUGGGCAUUUCUCGAUCUAUCACGGCGCUGGCUACGAGGAGGCCUCGAAGGAUUACGUGCGCUUCUUGAAAAAGCACCGAGUCCCCGUGUCAGCCCAAGCCAAGCUCUGA